UAGACAGGGGGCGUUGUUUCCGAGCAUGGCGGACGAAGUUUAUUCUUCCUGUUUGGUUAAAUUUGUUUAUUGACACUUUAGUAAGGAUAUUUUUGGUUAGUUCCUGGUUACCAUUACGCUGGCUGUGCAGGUUUUGCACGGAGAUUUGGGGUUGGACCGCAGCACCCGUACAAACAUGCCCAUGGAUCUGGACAACAAUGCACAGGCGAAUGGUCCAUGGACCCAGGGCAUGGAGGUUAUUGCCAACUACAACUUCCCUGGCAAGUCACAUGAAGACCUUUCCUUCCAGAAGGGUGAUAUUCUCUUUAUAGUCCGAUCUACACGGGAUCCCAACUGGUAUCGUGCCAAAGACAGCACUGGCAAGGAAGGGAUGAUCCCAGCCACAUAUGUACAGCCCCGCACCUCCGUACCCCUCCAUGCAAUGCCAUGGUUUCAUGGUAAGAUAUCCCGAGGUGACGCUGAGAGGCUGCUGAGUCCCCCGGAAGAUGGUCUGUUCCUUAUACGAGAGAGCAGCAACUACCCCGGGGACUACACGCUGUGUGUGUGUUGUGGCAGUAAGGUGGAACAUUAUCGCAUUCUAUACCGCAACAACAGGCUCACGGUCGACGAAGAGGUGUAUUUUCGGAACCUUGCAGAAUUAGUACAGCAUUACAAGACUGAUGCUGACGGCCUUUGUACAAGGCUAGUGCGCCCAGUCAAAAAGGAUGGGGAGAGUUUUACGACAGUCAGUGUACAGGAUUUCCAGUCCAGCGGCUGGGUCAUCAAGAUGGACAAUCGCUUAGAGUGGGAGAAAAUUGGCAAGGGAGAGUUUGGAAAUGUAUACAAGGGGAUGUAUAAAGGACAACCUGUUGCCAUCAAACAACUGAAAGAUAAGGACAAAGCUGAGCAGACUUUCCUCAAGGAGGCAUCUGUCAUGACGUCGCUACGACACACCAACCUGGUCCAGCUGAUUGGUGUGGUCCUCAGUGAUGAGUUCUUCCUUGUCACAGAGUUCAUGGGUAAAGGCAACUUGGUAGAGUAUCUCCGAAGUCGUGGUCGCAGUGUCAUCACGAAAAAGGACCAGAUUAACUUUGCUACUGACACGUCUGCGGCUAUGGACUACCUAGAGAAUAAAAACCUAGUGCACAGGGAUCUAGCAGCUCGUAGCGUCCUCGUACAUGAUAAUGGUACUGCCAAGGUUUCUGACUUUGGUUUAGCCAAAUUUGAAGACUUUAGCACUGAUGGUGGCAAGUUCCCGAUCAAGUGGACAGCACCGGAGGCAUUACGGGACAAUGCCUUUACAAACAAAUCUGACAUGUGGAGUUUUGGCAUUCUACUGUGGGAGAUUUACUCAUUUGGAAGAGUACCAUAUCCUAGGAUACCUCUAGCUGAUGUGGUGGUGCAUGUAGAGCGUGGGUACCGGAUGGAAGCCCCUGAGUGCUGUCCCCCGGAGGUCUAUACCAUCAUGAAGAAAGCAUGGGCAUUAAAGCCUGAAGACAGGCCCACGUUUCACAAGGUGUUAGAGGAACUAAAUGCCUUGAGAUCAGUGAGGGUGUAGAGUUACACUACAAAUGACCAACAAUGCUCCACUUGAUUCUAUGAGACUGUUACACUCUGUGUCAAUCUUAUUUCUACCAAGUGUAUUAUUUAUUCCAUGUGACGUACAAAACUUUGUCUCCCUAAAUAUUAAUGAAAGGUCUCACAAACAUUCUGUAAGAUUCUUUGAUUUAUCAAAAUGGUUACAGGCUAUUUAUGAUACAAAUUUGUUACUUUUUAAUUGAAACAGGAGCGAAAGUAUGGCAAUAUUAUGGCCCACCAAACUGUCUCACAGAACCAUCUUGAUCUUGGGUGGAAGUUUAAAUUCAUUGCUCAGGUUCUGUUCCAGAUGAAGUUUCUAUACUUGAUACAUUCGUCAAGACAUGUACAUACCCCACACAUCAACACAAUUAAGUAGUGAGCAUGUGCCCUGCAGAUAUUUGUUACACGUAUUGCCAGCUGGAGUGUACAGGGUUUCACUGUUAACAAAUGCAGAGGCGUGGCCAGAUAUAAUUGGAUAGGAGCAGGGGUUGUCUACAAGUAGUUCAGCCUGUAUGUCUUCACACUGUAGUCAGCCAGCGUGUGACAUCAGCAGGUGCCCUCCAUAAGGCACAGUAUUACAUCUGUGAAGGUUGUGCUCGUUGUGACACUGGAUGGCACAGGUGUGUUAAGGCACUGUGUGAUGUGUGGCGGUGCUGUUGUGCAAUGGAGCAUACGUUAAAUUCAAUGCUUGACAUGACUACACAACAGUUACGUAAAACAAACUGUAAAGUCUGACCUAGGUUCCAAGUGGAAGAAAACCUGUCUUGAUUGCUACAAAUAACCAAUAUUGUGCCUAUUUUGCUUUUCUACUAAGUUACACAAAUUAUGUACAUAAUUUACAAAUUAUUUGUGUAUCCAUUUGUUAAUAUUAUCAAUACCAUUGAUGUGUGGUGUAUAAAAGCCACAGGGUUUAUUUUUUGGAUUGAAAAGCUAACCCUGCACAAUGCAAAUGCAUGUAUGCUCAAAUGGAUGCUUGCGUGCAACUGUAUGUAUGAACACCCUCACUCCAGUACACAUGAGAAUAGCCACCAACUCUGAGUACUUAUUUAUUAGAUACAGUCUUCAUAUCAGUUAACCGAUUACCUACAUUUGCUUUAGUACUUUAAUAGUCUCAACCUCUUUCAUUUCCACUAUGUAGUUUUAGACAUUUGGACUCUGUACUUUAAGUAUUAAGUGAUGGCCGAUGGAACUUUAUCCAGCAAAUUCACUAUUUCACAUUACACAAACACAGCUGCAUGACCUGUAAGUCUUGUGUUGAUGUUGUGAAGUGUCUUGUCUUGCCAUGCUUAGCUACAUUGGGCAUUGUUAGACCAUCAGAUGAAGACCUGAUCAUACAUCAAAGUAACCAUGGUGAUCGGUUUCCAUGGUGAAAGUGGUUCGUGUCCAACUACUGUUUCUAGUUGGAACACUGCGUGAUGACAGCAUUAUGCACAAACAGUAUCUGUGGUGACAGUGGUCAGUGUCCUUGGAUGUAGUCUGCAACACAGGAGCCAAAAUAAUUCAUCUAUGCAGAUUUAAGUGUAUUCUGUAAAAACCAGUUUGUGGAUGUUACUUAAAUAUAUUGGUGCCUUAAUGUUGUAGCUCUGUGUGUCAAUGUGGGGGAUGGUUUGUAAUGGUUAAUCAGAUGCCACUAUUGCUAUUGCACAGUUAGGACUCAGCUCAUGAGGUGUUCAGGCACUCCAAUGGAUGCUGGCUAGACACUGCAUCUUAGAAUUUCUGUAAAUGUUUGAGUGUUAACUGAAUCCCAAUGGCAAUGUAUUGUAUGGGUUUACAUCUGUAUUGGAAGUGAACUGAAAAGCUUGAUGUUAAAAUUUUGGCUGAAAAAUGUCUGGGUGGAAAUCCAUGUAUGUCAUGUUUGUUCUUGAUUGCUCUUGGUUGAAAGAUUUGAGAUAGUGUCACAGUGGAGAGUUGACUAUCAGUGUUUUAGGCUUCUGUGAUUAUCCAAGCCUGCCAUUGUGUAUCCUAUGUAUAUAUACUCCCCAUGUUGUCAAGUGGUCCUUGCACCUGUGAAUGCUACCUGUUAAUGAGCAUUUUUGACCAAGCUUCUUCAUUAGGUGUUCGAAGGUAUGCUCGAGCUACUGUCUUCAAAUAUGUAGCUGAUCGUUCUCAUCGUUCUCACGAUCAAAGAUCUUUGUUUUGACUAAAUGUUUUUGAAUAUUCACUGAGCAUUGCUAAUGGAAAAUAUAUGUUUUGCAAUAAUACUCCUUAGUUCUCUUUGGUGGUACAUCCUUCAGUGAUCUGAUCAAACUCCUUCACUAACUGAAGUGAUGGAACUGUACAGGUGCUGAACCAACAGCAUGUCACAGGACGUCCUUAGUACUUAUCAAUAGUACUGAGUGAUGCCUUUCAGUACUACUAAAUCAUUGUCACAAACAGUAAUUGCAGGCAAUUACAUAUCUUCAUGAUUGAUGCUUUCCAAAUUAAAGCUAUCUCAUAUAUUUUUAUAUUUGCAACUUGAGCUUGGUUUUUAGAUUUAAUUAUUGCUAUUAAGAUAUUGUUUGAUUUGUCAGCUUAUGUUGGAUCUGCUUCAGGAAAGGUUUUGUUUCUCCAUAUCAUUUCUCUUCGUCAUCAUUCUGUAUGUCAUCCUCAUUUUGUCAUCAGUUAUUUGUACAGAUUUUGCAGAAUUUUUAGGACCAUGAUGACAAGGUUAAUUUCUUGUAAUAAAAUGAAAUAGUUUGAGAAUGCUGAAAUCUCCUUACAGCCUCAGUUAUUUUAUACACAGAUUAUUAUUAUCACAUAAGGCAGGCAUCAUGAUAAUUCUGACAACUUCCUCAUCUCGUGCUCAUCGCCUUGUCAGUCUCUUGGAUGCGCAUGGAUACAGAGUUCUGUUGUACACAGGUGGACUGCAUUUGGCAUGACAUGGCCAUUCACGAUGUCAGUUUAUCUGCCCAUUUUACAGGAAAUAAUGUAUGUUUUACACAUUUGAAAUUUUAUCAGUCAUGCUUGUCACCAAGUGACCAGUACCACCACACCUCAUGGCUAAUAUAGUGAUUAUAAAGACACCAGUAUUUUGCUUGUGCCAAUGAAGUCCGUCAUCCCAGGUUUGUUAUCUACCCAGUAACUAGAAGCUCAAGCAACCUCAAUAGCAUAUAGUAUUCAAAAUAGGUUAAGAACACCCAAAUAUUUCAUAGUUAAUCUGCCCUGGUGGGUAUUGCAACAAGCAGCCUUCAAGUUAUGUGUGUUUCCUGAUAUCCUUAGAAGAGUUCACCAGGGCAAAUACAUAUUUUGUUCACAUUUUCAAUCAUAUCAGCAAGAGCUUGUCCAUUCUACUCAAGUAACACCAUUUUAUAAUAGGAAUCAUCGAUAAAUCUGUAAGUGUCGAAACAUUUCAGUUGUCUCAUUGUUUUUUCUUAGAAAACAUUGAACUGUGUGUAGUAUUUAUCAUAUGUUGACUACUAUGCAUAUUUAACAUCAUAGUCCACUUGUGGCCAACAUCUGUUUGUUGUCAUCAAGUGCUGUUUUCAUUUCAUUAUUUUUGUAGAUCUGUAUCAAUGUUCAGCUGUGGUGGACAUAUUUUCAAAGGUUUUCAGUGAGCUGCUUGAAUACACUACUAAUAACGCUCUAUGUUGGGAUGGCUUGUGUCUGAGAUCCUGUACCAGUCGAAAUAAGGUCUGGUUUCUUUAAGCAAUAAAGAAGAAUGAUUGGUGUAAGCCUACUGCUGAAAUAUGGGUUUUUCUUGUUCGAAUUGUUUUGUGAAAAUGACCCCACUUAGACAUUUCAAACUGCAUUGUGUGUUUUCUUGCAUGUCACCACUGUUUAACAGAACAAACAGUAUUUCCAGCUCAUGUUUGGGAUCCAGUAGAGGUUGUUUGUAUGCUAUGCAAUAUUUGGAAAGACUUUAAGUACAUGAAUUUGUAGAACUUUGUACAUGACUUUCUCCUUUUACAGUUAACACGUUAUAGCUCACCUAAAACCUUUGACUUAACUCCAUCAGCAUGAUCAGUAGCGAUUAUAACCUCAUACUCUGGUGUAUUGAAAAUGCAUUCUUGUAUUUUGUAGUUUUUGCAAUUUAUUAUUUUUGUAGCACAUUAUUUCAUCUGAUUGUUAACAAUAUGCCUAUGUCAUAUCAAAAUAUCAGAGUGACAUGUUGCCUGAUGAUGUUCUGGGAGUACAGAAUAUUGUAAGACAGUAUCCUGACAGUUAGUCCUGCACAUUGUUAUACUAACAACACCAUGCCAUACACCAGGUUAUAUUUGUGGUUCCACAAGGUAUACCUUGUUGCUACUAUACUAUGUACUGCACUUCUUUGAGAGGAAUUUUAGAAGUUGUAUAGAUGAAGGAAAACCAAGUUCUAUGGAUAGGCAACUUCUUUAUUGCAAAAAGUGUGACGUUUCGGUGUAGGUACUAACACCGUUAUCAAGCACUUGCAGUGUUAGUACCUACACCGAUACGUCAGACUCAUUGCAAUAAAGAAGUUGACUAUCCAUAGAAGUUGGUUUUCCUUUAUGUACUGCACUGACACAGUCACUUGAUAUGUGUAAUGGAAAA